UCGUUGGUCCCGCCUCCACCUGCUCGUCGCAAUAUUAUCAGACAAAAAAAAACGGUGUGGCGAAUAUUCCACGUUAUUUAGCGUCAAACGGACAUCAUCUGUCGCAACUUUUUAGAAUCUUGCUUUUAGUGCGUAAUUAUGACGUAAAUCAGCAGGAAAGGACAUCGUUGAUUUUAUAAAAAUCCAAUGAUGAACCGUAUACCUGCUCCACAAAGCCCGUAAACUAGCACGGAAGGCCGUUUUUUUACGGCCGCUAUUAUUCAUGAUAUCUUAUUCUUACUUUUACGGAUUAGAUCCAGUCGAUGAUGCCUGUUAAACAUGUCGGGGAAUCAAUACAAAGGCCACGAAGUCAGCUGCUGCAUCAAAUACUUCAUUUUUGGAUUCAACAUCCUCUUCUGGUUGCUCGGCAUGGCCUUGGUUGGCAUCGGACUGUGGGCAUGGAGUGAGAAGGGGGUUCUGUCCAACAUUUCGUCCAUUACUGACCUCGGGGGUUUGGACCCGGUGUGGCUCUUCAUGGUGGUGGGGGGAGUUAUGUUCAUCCUGGGUUUUGCAGGAUGCAUCGGAGCCCUGCGGGAAAACACUUUCCUGCUCAAAUUUUUUUCCGUAUUUCUGGGAAUCAUCUUCUUCCUGGAGUUGACCACGGGAAUUCUAGCCUUCGUCUUCAAGGACUGGAUCAAAGACCAGCUCAACUUGUUCAUUAACAACAACAUCCGGGCGUACCGCGACGACAUCGACCUGCAAAACCUUAUUGAUUUCACUCAGGAAUACUGGGAGUGCUGCGGCGCCUUUGGCGCGGACGACUGGAACCUCAACAUUUACUUCAACUGCACCGAUACGAACCCCAGUAGGGAAAAGUGUGGUGUUCCGUUUUCCUGCUGCACCAAGGAUCCAGCGGAGGACGUGAUAAACACUCAGUGUGGAUAUGACAUCCGAGCAGAACCGGACUCCGAGCAAAAAGACUACAUCAACGUGAAAGGCUGUGUGCCGCAGUUUGAGAAGUGGCUCCAGGACAACCUCACCUUGGUGGCCGGGAUAUUCAUCGGAGUGGCGUUACUCCAGAUCUUCGGGAUUUGUUUGGCGCAAAACCUUGUCAGCGACAUCGAAGCCGUGCGGGCAAGCUGGGUGCCCCCCACCCUCUCGGUGCGACAACCACAACUGCCCACGAGCAAGAAAGCGUACUAUGCGUGAGACAUUUUUCUUUACCUAAAGAAGAAACAGCACUUUAUUUUGAACAGCGGAUUUUACGAACUCAGCUCCUGGACUUGAGGCCUCCAUGAGGACGUCAAGAGCAGGACGGAUGACUCCACUGCUCACCUACACCGCGACAAGUAUGGAUCCCAAUGCACUACACGCAGAUUGUAACAUGUUUUAAGAUGAAAUGAUCUUCAUGCUGAUAACAUAGUUGUGUUUUUGCCAUUCCACUGUGGAGGAAUUCUUGUGUUUGCCGUACGACUGAAUGCUAUUCAGCGCCGUGGUACGGAUCACUUGCUCUGGUGUGCCAGAGAGUCUCGGGACAAAACACAGUUAACCGUCUUCUUUCGUUACUUGUUUGACCUUUUCAACAUUUAAGUUUUUUGCGGGAGAAAUCGAACCAGACCAUUUAGGUAAAAGUCAAUCAGAUCCAUGCCAAUUAAAGAGACUGUGCAACAUUUCCAUUCCAACCUUUGGAGUAAUUGUGUGAUGUGUUUGCACCAGGGCUUGCACAGACCAGUCGGCCUUAAAGGGGAACAUUAUCACAAUUUCAAAAGGGUUAAAAACAAUAAAAAUGAGUUCCCAGUGGCUUGUUUUAUUUUUCGAAGUUUCUUUCAAAUUUUUACACCUCCCGGAAUAUCCCGAAAAACUGCUUCAAAGUGCCUGAUUUUCACCAUCGCUAUAUCCACCCGUCCAUUUCCCUGUGACGUCAUACAGGGCUGCCAAUACAAACAACAUGGCUGUUACCACAGCAAGAUAUAGCGACAUUAGCUCGGAUUCAGACUCGGAUUUCAGCGGCUUAAGCGAUUCAACAGAUUACGCAUGUAUUGAAACAGAUGGUCGGAGUAUGGAGGCAGAAAUUGAAGAAGAAAUUGAAGCUAUUGAGCGAAUAGCUAUUGACGCUAUUCGGCCAUAAAAUGGGUGUACCUAAUGAAGUGGCCCAUAGCAUGGCUGCCCUAUUAGCAUCGCUGGUAAAAUGUGCGGACCAAACAAUCAGGACUUUCGCAUCUUGUGACACUGGAGCAACUUAAAUCCGUCGAUUGGUAAGUGUUUGUUUCGCAUUAAAUGUGGGUAUCUAGUAUUCAAAUGUACAUACAGCUAGCGUAAAUAGCAUGUUAGCAUCGAUUGGCGUAGCAUGUUAGGACCGAUUAGCUGGCAGUCAUGCCGUGACCAAAUAUGUCUGAUUAGCACAUAAGUCAACAACAUCAACAAAACUCACCUUUGUGAUUUCGUUGACUUAAUCGUUGCAAAUGCAUCUGCAGGUUAUCCAUACAUCUCUGUGCCAUGUCUGUCUUAGCAUCGCUGGCAGACACUCUGGCAAAUUCAAUGGGGGUCUGGCGGCAGAUUUCUUGAAUCCCUCCCUGUUAGUGUUGUUACACCCUCCUAAAACACACCGACGAGGCAUGAUGUCUCCAAGGUUCCAAAAAAAAGUCGAAAAAACGGAAAAUAACAGAGCUGAGACCCGGUGUUUGUAAUGUGAAAAUGAAAAUGGCGGGUGUAUUACCUCGGUGACGUCACGUUCUGACGUCUUCGCUAAAAGACCGAUAAACAGAAAGGCGUUUAAUUUGCCAAAAUCCACCCAUUUAGAGUUCGGAAAUCGGUUAAAAAAUACAUGGUCUUUUUUCUGCAACAUCAAGGUAUACAUAUUGGCGCUUGCAUAGGUUUGGUGAUAAUGUUCCCCUUUACGAGGCACAAUGGCGUUUAUUUUCUGACGUCGACUCGUCACACUGACACAUCCUUGUAAUGUGGGCCAGGACAUCCAAGUAGAGUAGAAAAGGAGAGUUGGACUUGCUUGGAUUUGUCUUCUUUUUCUUGAUUUGUGUGCUUUUAACAUGGUUAAGUAGCAUAUUAUUACGUAUAAUUCUGAAAAUCUCACCCGGUUAGUAGGGUGGUGAAUCUUUGGGCGCCACACGAUUCUAUUCUUGAGGGUAACAAUUCGAUUUAGAAUUGAUUCUCGAUUCUAAAACAUUUCCCGAUUCAUAAUGAUUCUCAAUAUAAAACCAAUACUUUUUAGUAAAAUUACGUGCCAGAUAAAUGGUAAAUUGGUUGUACUUGUAUAGCGCUUUUCUACCUACAAGGUACUCAAAGCGCUUUGACACUACUUCCACAUUUACCCAUUCACACACACAUUCACACACUGAUGGAGGGAGCUGCCAUGCAAGGCGCUAACCAGCACCCAUCAGGAGCAAGGGUGAAGUGUCUUGCUCAGGACGCAACGGACGUGACGAGGUUGGUACUAGGUGGGGAUUGAACCAGGGACCCUCGCGUUGCGCACGGCCACUCUUCCACCGCCCUCCCGGGGCCAUAGUUAUACGAUUUAAAUACAGAACAGCUCUGAUCGAUACUUUUUCAAAAUACGGGUUUUGUUGAAUAAAAUUCUACCCAAAUUUUCAAUAAAGUCAAAUACAAAUAGGCAUACUUGCCAACCCUCCCCAAUUUCCGUGCCCCUCCCGAAAAUAUCCCGGGGGAACCAUCCUCCUUAGUUUCUCCUGAUUUCCACCCGGACAACAAUAUUAGGGGCGGGCCUUAAAGGCACUACCUUUAGCGUCCUCUCUCACCUGAAAAGGAGACUAUUAUAUAUGUCUCCGUUAUCCAUAGGUUUAUCUGUAACCCAUAAAGUAGGCUGGCACAGAGCUAUUUCUUAGCGUGUGUUUAUUCCAGCUGGCACGUUAAUACACUGACACACAACAUCCGGAUUCCCAUCAUGCAUUGCACCAAAACUACAGCCAGUAGUAAUGGCCGACAACAUAACAGAGACAAAGCAGAAGAACGAAGAAGAGACAUGGGUACGACGAGUAAGAAGAAGAAGUACGCUGGCAAGUUCCAAAAUGAUUGGAAAAAAUUAUUUCAGUUCAUCCAAGACAGCUCGAAGGAGAAGGGGUAUUCUGCCUGCAAAUUUUUUUAGAUCAGCUUUUUCUAUUGAACACGGUGGCCGAACAAUAUACUCAUUCAUGAACUGAUUACUUUAUUUAUAUAUAUAUAUAUAUAUAUAUAUAUAUAUAUAUAUAUAUAUAUAUAUAUAUAUAUAUAUAUAUAUAUAUAUAUAUACACACACAUAUAUGUAUAUACACAUAUAUAUGUAUGUAUGUAUAUGUAUAUAUAUAUAUGAGGUUGAAAAUAUUUACACGAAUUUGGAGGUCUCAAGGUUGGCAAGUAUGCAUAUAAGGCAACAGAAAAAGUAUCCAACACUUCUCUUUUCUAAAGUAAAUCUGUACAGCAGAUAUAGAUCAUCUACGUCAGGGGUGUCAAACUCAUUUUAGCUCAGGGGCCACAUGUAGGAAAAUCUGUGGACAAGCGGGCCUGACUAUUAAACUCAUGGCUUUAAAACAAAAAAAUAAAGACAACUUCAGAUUGUUUUCUUUCGUCUUACUUUGGCCAAAAAUAGAACAAACACAUUCUGAAAAUAUUACAAUGAAAAUAUAGAAAAAAAGCGGUAAAGUUUAGAUCCAUGAAGGAAAGAAGAAAGUGAAUGAAUGUUUAUAACUUUUACAUAUGCAUAAAAAAUGUUAUUCUUUUGUUUAAUUUGUUUUGUGAAUUAAUUAAUGUUUGACAGCCUUUUUCCAAAACACAAUAUAGAAUGUGAGAUAUAACAGGAUAAUGCAUACAUUUAUCAUUAGUUUUCAAAACGCUAACAAAAAAGUGGGACCCCAGAAAUGUACUGUGGAACCCCAUUUUGAUGACUUGAUGGGGUCCCUAGCCCCAACACUGAUGGAGUAUUGGUGCAUGCAAAACACGCGGGCCGGUUCUAAUACCGAUCAAAUAUCAUCCCGAGGGCCAUAGAUAAUUAAUUCGCGGGCCAAGUCCGGCCCGCGGUUCUUGACUUUGAUAUCCCUGAUCUACAUCAACAAUAUGAUUAGUCAGAAUGGCUGGGCGUAUUUUUAUUUUUAUUUUUUUUUAAAUCUUUUUAAUUAAGAAUUGUUACAAGUAAGACUUGCGAUUCAUCCGAAAAUCAGGUGUUGUACUUCCUGUCAAGUUAGACCCUUAUCAAGGCAAAAAUCGGUGCAGGACCUUUUCGCUGGCAUUUUGUGAAACACGCUUUGCAUUUUUCUUCAAAGUUUUUGAGCAUGGAGAUGAGACUUUUAGACAUGCAUGUGUUUUUAUUUAUGACGAGGAAACAACGUCAUCAGUGACUUAUCGGCCUUCAACAAUUCUGAAGUCCUGCACGUAAAUGACUGAUGAUAUAUUUUUUUCCACGUCAAGAUGUGGGACGCUUCACAAACCCGUAACGUGUUAACGUGGGAAGAAAACCCGGACUGGUGUUUUCCACAGUGAAAUGUCAGAAUUUUGAACACACUUCAAAACACUGUUCUCCCCACACAAAAAAGGUGAAACUCAAAAGUCGAGAUGUUGGAUACAGUAACAAAGAUGGCGCAUGUUGAGAUCUCAAAUACACACAUGCCAAAUGUGAAUGUGACCAGAAUGGGGAAUGUCACAACUUUGUCAAGCUUGAAGACGCUUGUUGUCGUCUCAUGUGGAGGUCUUAAAUGAAACACUGGCACAAACAUGAAUCUACACACCCACCAGUCUCACGCUCACAAAAGUCGUGACGAAAAUUUAAAGGGGAACAUUAUCACAAUUUCAGAAGGGUUAAAACCCAGGGACUUGCACAUGAUUAUAUAGGUGCAGGGGCUCAACGUCAGAAAAGAGCAGGAAAUGUUUUUUUCUGGUCCUUUACACAAUAUGGAAAUUAAUAUAAAAUUACAUUUGCUAAUAGGAAGCUAACUACUUAGCUGUGUGUCCUUUGUAGGUAAAAGUGAUUGCCAUUUCUUUUGUGUCAACAUAUUAUUGUCAUAAUGAGUUAAUUCACAUUAUAAUAGGCCUGGAAGACAUGAAAAGCAACAAAACACUGGUUUAUUGUUAGGCUAUUUAUUGUUAAAGAUAAGCACUUUAAUAUUGAACAUUGAACAGUGCAACAUGAACUUCGAAAAAAUUAAAUAAAUAAAUACCCAAAUGGAAAAAACUUAAAUGUGAAAAUCUGUCCUUCUUCCCUUAACUUGAUAUAAACACCAUCAAGUUGUAACUUACGGUCUUUCUCACUUAAUGCUCAGACUAAACAACUGAAACGCAAUACAACUUUAUAUCUAAACCUCUACUGUGAGAGAAAUGUGAUCCGCCGUAAACACAGUGCAUUUUAUUUAGAAAAUUAACCCGGUGUUUGUUUUUGUAUUUUGUACACUACUUCCUGUCCCGCACGACCUGCUCUGCUCUGUGCGGAAUUGAUGUGCCGUGCUCAGUUGAUGCGCUGUGCUCCGACGUCCGGCAAAAACAGAAGCUGACACAUUGAAUAAUAGAAUAAUACAGCGUUGUUCUGAAAUAUUACCCAUAUUAGAUGCUGAAUAAGUGGACGGCGAGUAGACCAUAACUCACAGGUUCAAGUACCUCCACUGUCACGUGUCCUCAGGGACGCAGUUGGCUCUCUCUCCUCUCUCUCACUCACUCACUCGCCCUCUCUCCCUCUCUCUGUCGGAAGCGGCAGGCUCAAACAACCCGGUAUUACAACAAGACGUGGAGUUUUUGUACCGCUGUUUUUUGUUUUGUUUUGUUUUUUUACAUCCCAACAGGAAUUUAUUAAUGUUGUUUAAAGAAAAAAAAAAAAACACACACACAGGCAGAGGGCACUUUUUAGGACGAGGCAAAAAAGGGCAGGGGUUCAAGCACCCAUAGGGCUCUAUGUGUGGACGUGCCAGUUAAAUAAUAAAAAUCAGUUCCAAGUGGCUUAUAGCACAGCAAAUUAUAGCGACAUUAGCUCGGAUUCAGACUUGGAUUUUAGCGGCUUAAGCGAUUCAACAGAUUAUGCAUGUAUUGAAACAGAUGGUUGGAGUAUGGAGGCAGAUAGCGAAAACGAAAUUGAAGAAGAAACUGAAGCUAUUGAGGGAAUAGCUAUUGACGCUAUUCGGGCAUGCAUGUCUGCGUUAGCAUUGCCGGUAAAAUGUGCAGACCAACCGAUCAGGACUUUCACAUUGACACGGGAUCAACUUAAAUCCGUCGAUUGGCAAGUGUUUGUUUCGCAUUAAAUGUGGGUGGAAGGAGACGCUAGAUGUAAAUAUAGUUUCAAAUGUACAUACAGGUAGCCUAAAUAGCAUGUUAGCAUCGAUUAGCUGGCAGUCAUGCCGUGACCAAAUAUGUCUGAUUAGCACAUAAUAACAUCAACAAAAGUCACCUUUGUGAUUUCGUUGACUUUAUCGUUGGGAAUGCAUCUGCUAUCCAGACAUUCUUGUCAUCUCUGUGCCAUCUCUGUCGUAGCAUCGCCGGUAAAAAAAAAACGAGGGACUUUCGCAUCUCUUGACACUGGAGUAACUUAAAUCUGUCGAUUGGUAAGUGUUUGUUUGGCAUUAAAUGCGGAUGGAGGGAAAGGCUGGAUGUUAAUAUAGCUAGAAAUGAGGCGUAAUGCUGCAAUAUGUAUACACAGCUAGCCUACCUAGCAUGUUAGCAUCGAUUAGCAUGCCGCGCUAAUUGAUGCACAUUCUACGUAAAUCAACUUGAAUCCGUCCCUGAUCGUGUUGUUACACCCUCCGACAACACACCGACGAGGCAUGAUGUCUCCAAGGUAUCGCAAAACAGUCGAAAAAACUGAAAAUAACAGAGCUGAUUUGACUCUAUGCGUGUGAUGUGGUAGGGAAAAAUGGCGUUGAGUACCGAUGUGACGUCACGUUCUGACGUCGUCGCUCAGAGAGGGAUAAACAGAAAGGCGUUUAAUUCGCCAAAAUUCACCCUUUUAGAGUUCGGAAAUCGUUUGAAAAAAUAUAUGGUCCUUUUUCUGCAACAUCAAGGUAUAUAUUGACGCUUACAUACGUCUGGUGAUAAUGUUCCCCUUUAAGAAACACUAUUGUCAUUUAUUGUUUUCUUUAUGGGGACGCAUGCCCAUGUUCUUACAAUUCAUGUUUGUGUUUGUCAGUGAAACACUUCAGUAUUUUCCUAAAGUUGUAGCACUGUUUAUAAAUGUGUAAAUAAACAAAGGCUUCCCCAUUUGUGUUCAUAUUUUGGUUUUGUUGUAUUUAUUUCUUUAAAUCAUUCAAUCCAUACAGUAUGUAGCUGUGCACUCAUGAUUAGCCAAUAAUUUAUCAAUGUUUGAUUGAAAUAUCAUCUGUAUAUUUUUAUCACCACCCUUACACGCACUUGAAGUAAACCUGGAGCGCUUGUUUUUUUGUUGGAAAUGUUAAAUGACGUUACAAUUGCAUUGUGUUUGUUGAUUUGUAAUUUUUGUUUUUGGUUGUGACUGUUAGGGUUACACAGUAUGUCCCGUGAAAACUGUUACUUAUUGUAUGCUUUUGUCCAUUGCAUUGUUCAAAACAUUUGAAUGCUUUUGGAAUAAAAGCUGAUUUUCAAA